AGCAUACCGUGCCGUCCAAAUGAGUUAUUCUGUGCUGGUUUUUCGGCGAUAUCAACAUUUUUUUCACUCCCCUUUAAAGUAAGCGCCAACAUUUAAUAACCACUCUUUUGGCUUUAUUGUCAAGCUAAUAUUUGACAAAAGAAGCAAAUGACGACUUUUAAAGGCUCCGUCUGACGAAACAGCAGCUGGCUUUGUUGUGUUAGCCUAAUCACCUUUAAACAGACACUUUGGCGAAGGACGAACGUAAAUAACAAUAACACAAGUAUCGUCACGCACUCGUAGCCGUUGAAGCAUAAGAAUGGAGAAUGUUUAAUUUGGUUGCUGGAUGUAUUUAGUCGCUGACAUUUUUCAUAUUUGAAGUUCACCGAGAAAGCAAGCACGAGCUAAUUAGCUAAAGGGCUAGCUAAGUAGCCAGCUAGUUAUCUUGCGAGCUAACAUUAGCACUCCCCCCGUCCCACCUCCCCUGUCGUUGCCAAAUAAUCUAUGCCUUCUGUACAUCCAAUGCCAAAAUAUGUUCUUAUAUAUGUGAUGUUUCAUAUGGAAGUAAAUUGUUAAGGUUUAAAGAGGUCGAAAAAUGUGCGAAAUCUCACCUUAAUUCGCGAUUAAAUCCGCCUGGUCGGUUGCCGUCAAUCCCGGAAUAGGUUUUGUUUAAUCCAUCAUUUGAGAAAAAACGCACAAAUGUCGCUCAACGCAGCCUGGCAAAAAACGGCCGUAAUCCCAAUCUAGAUGUCGAUAUCCCCCCCUCUUCGGAUUGUUCCCCCCCUCGACAGCAAUAGUAGUACAAAUGUCCUUUUCGUGCCCCCCUCUCGUUCUUUGUUCUGUAAUCCAGUAAAAUUGAAAGUCAUUCGCCCCCGUGCUAAUCCCAACCCCAACUCAACGGCGGCGUCCAUUGGUUGCGCCCGGGGCCGCGCAGGAUUAACGGGAAAGAAGAUGCAGGUGAAAAAUGAGUGAAGAGGACAUUCCCAGCGUUUUUCAUCAUUUUAUUGCAUUCGUCCGAACAAAUUCACGUGAAAAUCUGUGGGAUUGGAAUACACAGUAGGACGGGCAGACAACAAAAAUCAAAUGUCAAAAACAAUCACUCAACAUAUUUUUAUUUAGUUACUUCAUGUACUAUCUAAUCUACGGUUGUUGUUUUUUUUUGUGGAAUUGAUGUGGAAAAUUAAUAAUUAAUGUGUUAAGAGGAAAGUUAAGUGCGAAAAAAAACUUUCCUGGUUGGGGGGGAAGAGUUGUUUUUAAACUACUUUGCUAUAUGAUAUAAUAAAGAUUUAAAGACUAAAAAUGAAAAUGUAAAAUUAGUUUAACCCAUAUAAAUUUGGAAGAGUUCUAGACAGAAAAAAACAUGUGGAAUGUUAACUGGCCAGUCUGUAUGAUUAAAUUUCACAGACACAAUUUAAAUUCAGUGAUUUAAAAAAAAAAAAUGGUGCUGCAUGGUGUGCAUAAUCCUUGAAAAUAUAUACUGCAUAUAUACUCAACUAGAAAUGCAACAUUCAAUGAUUAAAAAAAGUGCUACAUUGUGUGCAUAAUCCAUGUAAAAAAUAUAUACUCAACUAGAAAUGCAAAAAUCUUGCAUCAGCACAGUCUUGCUGCAAUCAAGUACUUGUGUAGAUAUAAAUAAGAGCCAGCCAGAAGAAAACGGGGUUGUAAAUGUUUAAUAUGUCAAUCUCAGAAAGCAUUGCAGCAGGAAUCCUGACACUGGCUAUUCCUGAAACAGUACACGAUUCUUUUGCCACUAACCACAGCGAGUAAAUAGUGGACAGUCAUUGGAAGAUCUUGGAUGGUGGCAGGUUUGAGCCCAAGAAACCGUUCCUGCACCACCAAAGUUAAGUAUUUUCAUACCUUGAUGAGGCACAAUGUUUGUCACAGGGGUGGUACCCAUAAAGGUCCUGCCUUUGGAACGUUGCUUUCCUAAAAUUGAGGAGCAUCCUUGUUACAGACAGAGCCUUAGAAUCUUAACAAUUGGUGUGUCCAUCUAACUUUAGGAGGACAACUGUCUACGACUACCUUUAUGAGUUACGUUUGAAUUUAAGGAAUAUACUAUUUGGGCUCCGGAAUGGGUAGACAGUAGUCCUACAGAGAAGGCACAGUGUCUUUUUGCUGCAGUGGUACCUUCUUUUGUACCUUUACCCAUGUUUUUUUUUUGCACUAGAACAGAUACAGACAGUAGCUCUAGCAUGUGUAUUGGUGUUUCUUUUUGGGGACAAAUGUUUGCCACAACGGGUGCCCUGUUUUGCACCCUUGAAAGCUGGAUUUUUUUGUUGACUGUGGCUGUAGCCUUCAAUAUUUAACAGUGACUCAUUGAUUUUCCCUUUUUUCCCCAUAUGUGAAACCUUCCUUGUAAUUUUUUGUAGGAUGGGUGAACUGACAGUCCAACCAUGACUUUGUGUAUGUCUGCAUUUACAACAGGUUUAACAAGUUGUCUUAUGACUUGGGAGACAGCUCUGGACAAACCUUGUAUUUUUUUCUUGGGGGGUGCGGGCAAGUGCAAUUAGUUACAUUGAAGUCUAAUAACAGAUCUGGACAUACUUAGUGCAGGCCUCUAAGAACUGUAGCAAUGGGAGUCCAUUCAUGGCUACUUUGGUGUCUUUCUGCUUCUGGAAUGGGUUCAACCAGUUGCCCCAGUGUUAAAUAACAGACGUGAACAUGUUCCUGUCAAUACACUCUUGGGACCUGAAAUACAGUGCUGCUCGAAAGUUUGUGAACCCCACAGCGAUGGUCAGAUUUUUUGUAAAAAAAAAACUAAAAUAACCUUAUUAAAUGUUAAGUUAUACCCAAAUCCACAAUACUGACAUUCCAAAUAAUGGACUGAAACAAAAGAAAUAGUUAUAUUGUCAUUCUUUAUUUAACAAAAGUGGUUGAUUUAAGAAAAACUCAGAUAUCAUGUGUGCAAAAGUAUGUGAACCCCUUCAGUUAAUAGGAUAUUGCGCCUCCUUUUGCAGAGAUUACCUCAACCAAACGGUUUCUGUAGUGACUAAUCAGCCUCUCACAUCUACUUUGGGGGAUUUUUGCCCAUUCUUCCUUGCAGAACGCAAUCAGUUGAGAGAGGUUUGAUGGGCGUCUGGCAUGAACUGCUCGCUUCAGGUCCCGCCACAGUAUUUCAAUGGGAUUUAGGUCAGGACUUUGACUGGGCCAGUCCAGAACACGAAUCUUCUUCUUUUUCAGCCAUUCCUUGGUUGUAUUGCUGGAAUGCUUUGGAUCAUUAUCAUGUUGCAUGAUCCACCUUCUGCCAAGCUUUAACUUCAAAACAGAUGGCGUCAGGUUAUGUUCUAGGAUUUGACAAUAUUCCUCAGAAUUCAUGAUUCCCUGGACUAUGUGGAGUUGUCCAGGUCCUGAGGAUGAAAAGCAAGCCCAGAUCUUGACAUUCCCACCUCCAUGCUUCACUGUUGGGAGAAGGUUCUUUUGGUGGUAUGCAGUGUUGACUUUUCGCCAGACAUGGCGGUUUUGGUUGUGACCAAACAGUUCAAUUUUGCACCUACAUCAGUUGAUGAAAACUCUUUUUAAUUUAGUCUCGACAACACAACUGUUAAAAAAACAAAAAAAAACUACUGAAUUGAUUGAUUAGGAAAUCAGGUUGAAAUAAUAGAAAAUUCCAAAAUGUUGAGGGGGUUCACAAACUUUUGAGCAGCACUGUAACUUUACCACCGAGAGUUCGAUUAACGGAACUGUAUCUUGGUCUGUCUGGAUCCAAUGCAAUUAGAUAUCCUGGCUUCAUUACAAAUCUGGAAAUGCCUCGACGUUUUUGACUGGCUUCUGCAUAAUAAGGGAGUCUAAUGAUUGACUGUACCUUAGUGCCCAAGUGUACACUCUAAUGUCCACCUAUUAAUACCUGUUAAUGAUUUAACAGUUUAUGACACUGAUCCUUUCACAUGGCAACAAAAUCAUUAAACCACACAAGGUUCUUUUUGUUAGCUCAAAGAGUCACUUGGUAGAUUUCAAAGUAGCGAAUAAAAAAAAAAAAAAAAACAGUCACCGGGUGGUAAAUUCUUGGACUUAAGGUAUUUUUUCUAUUGUAAAACAAAAAAGUUGCCUUUGCCGAUUGGCAAUUUCUUUGAAGAAUCCCACCAGAGGUUUAAAUUACAGUACUUGGUCCUCGUGACUGGCUAACAGGUGCUUUUUGGCGACUGUGCACAGUUUCAUUUUAAAAGUCAGACAUCUGUAGGAGGAUCGAUGUUCGUCUGCGAGUCCCAGUUGACGCUUUCUCAGGUGGUGUUAGUGCUUCUCCUGAAAACCCCGCCCCAUCCCCAAUAAAGAGAAAUUUUAGAACAGGCUGUAUUAUUAACACAUCUUUGAAAAAGUCAUUAAAAAUAAUACAGACGUCUUGAGUGCUGUCAGGCUCCUGAUGGUGAAUUCCAUUGGCCGAUUUGUGCGCUCCGUGCAUCUGAAAGAUAUGAGACAGGCGUUUAUAUGGAGAAGGCAUAGGGUAAAUUUCACUUGAGAAUAUGCUACCCAAGUCAAAUUGAUCCAGCUGGCAUUACCGGGCUUUUUUCUGGAUGCUUUCCCAUUGCUUGCACCAGCUGGUCCACCUGCUGGUUGUGCUCCAAAGCGGUCCUCAGCGCGUCCUCGGUGCUGUGCAGCUGCUGGCGUAGGCGGGUAACCUCAGAGUCCAGAGCCGAGGGGUCCAGCAUGGAAUGACGGCGGUGGUCCGGGGAGAACUUCUCGCGGCCCUGAAGUUGAAAAAAACCUUGAAGUCAUCGAGGAAAGGCUCUGUUGGUCAAUUGCUCUCCUGGGUUUCUCACCAGCAUAAGGAGUUUGUCACGUAGCAUCUUGAUGUCAUCUUGCAGUUUUUGCUCUUUUACCUUCCACUCGGCUUUACGCACCUCCCGGUUGAGGUCUUUGUCCAUCUCACGGGAGUGUCGACGUGACUCCAGGAGGAAAACCCGCAACUCAUUGAGGCUUCUGUUGUGGAAAAAGAGUCACGUGGGUAAUGUUGGAGAAUUUGUGGCCCACCAGUUCUAAGCCUUUCGGUCCAGCAUACCCUUCUUUCUUCAGGAGCUCCUGGCUGAUGCUGAGCAGCUGCCCAGAGGCAUCAUGGGACUUUCUGGUCAUGGAUUCAAGCUCCGCUUCCACACGCACCUUCUCCCUGGCGAGGGCUUCGGCUUUUCUUUCCCCUGCUCGAACUUUACCCUCCAGAACUGCCAAAGGGGAAAAAAGGGGAAUAACACAUAAGAAAACGGAGUUUGAAGAGAGAAUGUUGUCUUGUAGUUUGGGUGUCUGACCUGCAAUUUGAGAUUUGAGGGCUUCGAUUUGGGAGGUAAGAGUGGAAACUUCUUUUUCCCGUUUUAGCAGUUUCUCCAUGGUUUCUGAAAAGAAGAUUAAUCUUACAGUACAACCACUCUACUGGUAAACAGAUGAUCGGACAAAAGAAAAGUCAUACCUUCCAUGUUCUGCUUUGAUUUUCCCUUGUCGUCUGAAAGUUGGUUAUCUUCAAUCACCUGCGAGAACAAAGCGUUACAACAACCAAUCAGGCAGCAGAAGCCAGUGUUGCCUGAAUGCGCUCACGUUAGCUUCACGGUCGGUUUGCAAGGCCCGCAGCUGAUUGGCUGUCACCCUUAACUCCUCCUGCAGCUUCUUGAUUUCCACCCUGCAAUCGGACGUCUCGCUUUCUGAAGUCUCCAGCCGUUCCUUCAGCUCACGCGCGCUUCUGUCACGCUCCCACUGAAGCGCCUCCAUCUCCGCUAGCCUUUUCUCGGCCUUACGCAAUUUGUCGGCAACCUCCUCUGAGGACAACCCACCAGCCGCAUUCUCGGCCUCCCGAAGGCGAGCGGCGAGGUCCUCGUGUUCUUUGGUGAGAAUGGCAGCUUCAAUUGUAUACUUGGCCUUCAGGUUCUCCACUUCCAAUUGGUGCUCCAUCUUCAGGCCUUCCAGGGCAGCACGUAGCUCUUGAACGUCUGGCUCUUGAUCCUCUGGCGCAGAUCGGUUACCAGAGAACGAAGCCUUUAGCUCCUCCAAGGACUGCUGGUGCUCGCUUACUAAAGAGUCAAAUUUAGACUGCGUAGGAAAAGAAAAAGUGAGAAAGGGACUUGGGAUUUUUUACGGCUUGUGAUUGGCUGACUACCUUCCAGACAUCCAUUAUAUCCAUGUUCUCCUUAGUGGCCUGCUGGACCUUCAGCUUCAACUCGCAGAUUUCCUGGUUCUGCUUCUCCGACAGCAACUUCAGCUCUUCUGCUUCCUUUUGGCUCACCGCCAACGACGCUGUUGUCUCGGAGUCAAGCACCCGGGUGGCCGUGGGGGCCUCUGGGGUGAGGCUGUCAGGGCCCGGCAGCUGAACCCGCAGGCUUUCCACCUCGGCCCUGGUUCGGUUGAGCUCGUCCUCUAACUGCACGAUGCGACUCUGUUCCUCCACUGUGGUUUGCUGUCAUUAGGAAAGACAUGUAAAUAUUCACAAUAUUUAUCAAUACAUUAGUGUACACACCGGGGCAGAUCCUUUGUUUGGCUCCCUGCUUGGGUUUGCAUACAUUCAAACAUUUCCUAUAGGAUUACUGCGACGUGCUGAAUGAAAGUGGAAAAUUGUGAGAAGAGCACAGCCACUGUCGGAUUGUCUACAGAACAAGCAUCCAAUUGAAACAAGAAAAAGAUCAACCGUUUCUACCUUCGCAAGCCACUACUGGAUUUGGAUUGAAAACAUCACAGCACACGAGAAGAAGAAGAGCAAGUGUGUUUCAAGUUAUGAGUUAGCAUCCCAAACAAGAUCACAUCUCAUUAAGAAAAGAGAAAGAAAUGGUCACCUUCCCCCUUACCCUGAAGGAUGCUGAAUCAUACUUGCGUCUUCCCUGUUGGCAAAAACACACUUUACUGGACCUAAAUUAAACUAGAAAACCUACUUUUCUUAGUGUUUUUCACAAUUGGAGGUCCCUUUUCUGCAUAAAGGGGCAAGUGGAAUUGUGCCCCAACACAAUAUGUAACCUCUGACUGAGGAGUGUUCAUUUCUUCAUAUUUUACUGUCUGUGACGUGACAGUAAGGAAAAAUAAGCUGGCAUGUGUGACCCUUCGCAACAUUUUUUUGGCCUUACUAGAAUUGAGUGUAAUCGCACAUCCACUAUAGUAGGCGACAAUGGCGCUCUCAUUACCGCUUUGUUCCAGGGUAACUUUUUGUACAUGGAUGAAAAAAAAGGCACAACCGAACAGCUGUUCUGGGAUUCUCUACCAACAAGAGACGUUUAAAUUACCUCCAGGUCUCCUUUGGUGAUGGACUCUUCCUCCACUCGGAAUUGAAGGUCCUCCACUUUCCUGACAGCAACAAGGUUGAUUGGCGAGCUCCACCUUGGCUUUCUGCACGCCAGCCAAGGCGGCCGUAACUUGCUGCAGGGCUCCUUCAUUCUCCGAAACGUACUGCGUAUGACAUGGGGUCGGGUUGGACACGUCCCUUACGGACUACAACAUCCACCCAAUCCAAUGCGGCUGGUUGCCUUGGCCAUGUCGGCGCGCUCCAGGUCGCGCUCUGCCAGCAGCUGCUCGAUGUGCUGCUGUUUCUCCUUCAGCGCCUCCUGCAGAGCGGUCGUGCCUGAGAUCUUGCGGGCAUAGCGUGACGACGUCUCUGUCAGCUUGAAGGACAAACGUGGAAUGAAUACAAAAAUAAACAAAGAUCCGGCUCGUCUAAGCGCACCAGCAAGUGUUUUUCAACACAAUCAAUGAUGCUUAAUCACGGAGGUGAUGGCCCGGACGGCGGUGCCCGGCAUCGGAUGAGGAUGCACACACACACACCUCCAUUGUUUUGCCUUUCAAGUCCACCUGCCCCUGGAAAUGCAUUCAAAGUCUUAAAAGGUUACUUUUAGUGUCGUGUUGUAACAUGUAAUAAUGUUCAAGUGGUUGGAAAAAGUUUGAUUAGUCAACUGGGAUAAGGAUUUCUUCACUCAGUUUGCCAAGACUGUUGGAGCACCAUGGCUUCUGCUGCUCUUGAGCUGGCGGGCUUCUUCUUGGGUCUGCUGGGCUUACUGGGGAGCCUGGUGUCCACGGUGCUCCCCUAUUGGGAGAAUACGGCGCACGUGGGCUCCAAUAUUGUGACAGCCUCGGGCACCGUGAAAGGCCUGUGGAUGGAGUGCGUUCACCAGAGCACCGGGGCCUUUCAGUGCGAGACGUUCAACUCCAUCCUGGCUCUUUCCACCGAUCUGCAGGCAUCCCGGGCCCUCAUGGUGGUGUCUCUCGUGCUGUCCACCCUGGGCCUGAUCAUUGCCGUCCUGGGGAUGCAGUGCACCGUCUGCCUAGAGGAAUCGGGGGAGCUCAAGAAACGAGUGGCGGGCGCGGGCGGGUGCUUCCUCCUCACCGCCGGCUUCAUGACACUGGUGCCUGUUUCAUGGACGACCAACAAGGUGAUCCAGAAUUUCUACAAUCCCAACAUGCCUGCCACUCUCAAGUUUGAAUUGGGCGAUUGCCUCUACUUGGGCAUUGUUUCGGCCUUCCUUUCCAUACUUGGCGGUGGCAUGCUCGCUGCUUCCUUCUGUGAAGGCCAGGAAGGUGGCGGAGGCCGGGGGAGGCGGCACGGCGGGGGCUACCCGUACCCGGUGGGUGGCUUACCGGCAGUACGAAACCCCAACACCCUACAAAUGGGAGGCAUGAAUGUGAACAGUCGAGGACAGACAAUGGGUCCAAGUGUUAACGGGACGCCUGGGGCAGACCAUGUGAAACCCGUAGCAGCAGGCUAUGAUGUUACAGGAUAUGUGUGAUGUGAACUUUACAGACUGACAGUUUUUUUUUACUGUACUAAAUAAAUGGUUUCCUAUUUUCUAUUUGAAGUGUUGUUCAGUUACUUUCCCUUUGAUCCUUUGCAUCCCCAGAACUGUCUAACUGACUAACAGUGGGGCUAUGUAGAUAUG